AUGGGGAUGUUUGGUAAAAUUCAGGAGGACUUAUCGGCUGACACUCGCCUAACUGAAACUUUGUCUUUCACAGUUGGAGUCAUUCGAUGCCCAGUUUGCAGCCAAGAGUGUGCAGAAAGACACAUCAUAGAUAACUUUUUCGUAAAGGACACUACAGAGGUCCCCAGCAGUACAGUAGAAAAGUCGAAUCAGGUAUGUACAAGCUGUGAAGACAAUGCCGAAGCUAAUGGGUUCUGUGUAGAGUGUGUGGAAUGGCUCUGCAAGACAUGUAUUAGAGCUCAUCAAAGGGUGAAGUUCACGAAAGACCACACUGUCAGACAGAAAGAGGAAGUAUCUCCAGAGGCAGUUGGUGUGACCAGUCAGCGACCAGUGUUUUGUCCUUUUCAUAAAAAGGAGCAAUUGAAGCUUUACUGCGAGACAUGUGACAAGUUGACAUGUCGGGACUGUCAACUGCUAGAACACAAAGAACAUAGAUAUCAAUUUAUAGAAGAAGCUUUUCAGAAUCAGAAAGUGAUCAUAGAUACACUUAUCACCAAGCUGAUGGAAAAAACAAAAUAUAUAAAGUAUACAGGAAAUCAGAUCCAAAACAGAAUAAUUGAAGUGAAUCAAAAUCAAAAGCAGGUGGAACAGGAUAUUAAAGUUGCUAUCUUUACAUUGAUGGUAGAAAUAAAUAAAAAAGGGAAAGCCCUGCUGCACCAGCUAGAGAGCCUUGCAAAGGACCAUCGCAUGAAACUUAUGCAGCAACAACAGGAAGUGGCUGGACUUUCUAAGCAGCUGGAACAUGUCAUGCAUUUCUCUAAAUGGGCAGUUUCUAGUGGCAGCAGUACAGCAUUACUGUAUAGCAAGCGACUGAUUACAUACCGGUUACGGCAUCUUCUCCGUGCAAGAUGUGAUGCUUCCCCAGUGACCAACAACACUAUCCAGUUUCACUGUGAUCCUAGUUUCUGGGCCCAAAAUAUUAUCAACUUAGGUUCUUUAGUAAUCGAAGAUAAAGAGAGCCAGCCACAAAUGCCUAAGCAGAAUCCUGCUGUGGAACAGAAUUCACAGCCAUCAGGUGGUUUAUCUUCAAACCAGUUAUCCAAGUUUCCGACACAGAUCAACCUAGCUCAAUUACGACUCCAGCAUAUGCAGCAACAGGUAAUGGCUCAGAGGCAACAGGUGCAACGGAGGCCAGCACCUGUGGGUUUACCAAACCCUAGAAUGCAGGGGCCCAUCCAGCAGCCUUCCAUCUCUCAUCAGCAAUCCCCUCCACGUUUGAUAAACUUUCAAAAUCACAACCCUAAGCCCAACGGACCAGUUCUUCCUCCUCAUCCUCAACAGCUGAGGUAUCCACUGAACCAGAAUCUUUCACGACAAGCAAUAAAGCCCAAUCCCCUACAGGUGGCUUUCUUGGCUCAACAAGCCAUAAAACAGUGGCAGAUCAGCAGUGGACAUGGCCCCUCAUCAACCGCCAGCAGCACAUCUUCUACUCCGUCCAGUCCCACCAUCACCAGUGCCGCAGGAUAUGAUGGAAAGGCUUUUGGUUCAUCUAUGAUUGAUUUGAGCUCACCAGUGGGCGGUUCUUAUAAUCUACCUUCUCUCCCAGAUAUUGAUUGUUCAAGUACCAUUAUGCUGGACAAUAUUAUGAGGAAAGACACUAAUGUAGAUAACAGCCAGCCAAGACCACCCUCAAACAGAACAGUGCAGUCACCGAAUUCGUCAGUGCCAUCUCCAGGCCUUGCAGGACCUGUUACAAGACUAGCGUCCACCCCCCAAUACGUUCACCUAGUGCCUCCAGCGUUGGGAGCCGAGGAAGGAGCGAAACGCACAGAGAGACCCAAUCAGAGGCCGCGGUUCUCGGCAUCCGGAGUGGGUGUGCCCAGUCCGGCCCUGCCCAUUCCCAGCCUCCCGCCGGGCCGUCGGAGCCUCGCGGGCUUCGACAGGCCCCACCCCCUGGGCAGGAACGACGGCUAUUGGGCGGCGCGCUCCUCGGUUGCUGGGAGAGGGAGGUGGGGGCGGGGCUCGCGGCGGGCCGGGGGCCGAGAGAAAGGCUGCGAGGCGCGGGCGGGCUGGGCGGAUUCGACGAGCGCCGGGGCGGUUGGCGAGGCGGCCCGGGCGCAGCCUUCCGCGGUGCGGAGAACGGUCCCCGCUGACAGAUUCCCCUUCUUCCGGCUGCGCCCCCCGGGAGGCGGAUCCCCGGGGCCUGAGGAGGAAGCCUUCUCCCGGCUCUCCCUCGCUCGCUUUCCGCGGGUCCACAGAGAGGCCUCGGAGGAGAAGGAGGAGGAAGAGGAGGAGGUCGUCGGGGGCGGCGGGCGGGGACCGCGCUCCCCCUUCCCCGGCGGCGGCGGCGGCGGCGGCGGCGGCGGCGGGGCAGGACAAUGGAGGUGGCUGUGGAGAAGGCAGCAGCGGCCGCGGCUCCGGCUGCGGCCGCCGGGGGGCCCUCGGCGGCUCCAAGCGGGGAGAACGAGGCCGAGAGUCGGCAGGGCCCGGACUCGGAGCGCGGCGGCGAGGCGGCCCGGCUCAACCUGUUGGACACUUGCGCCGUGUGUCACCAGAACAUCCAGAGCCGGGCGCCCAAGCUGCUGCCCUGCCUGCACUCCUUCUGCCAGCGCUGCCUGCCCGCGCCCCAGCGCUACCUCAUGCUGCCGGCGCCCAUGCUGGGCUCGGCCGAGACCCCGCCGCCCAUCCCCGCCCCCGGCUCGCCGGUCAGCGGCAACCCCCCGUUCGCCACCCAAGGUGAGGAGCCGGCCGCGGGCGUCGGGGAGCCCGGGGGUGGGGUGGCGUAGAGUGGGGAGGCGAGGACCGGGAGGUGGCGGGCGCCCUUGCGCAGCGCGACCCGCUGUCAUGUCGCCGCCGCCGCCGGGGUGCGCGGCGGGGGAGGGCGGGCGGGGAGGAGGGUCUGUGUUGGCGGCGGUGACAUGGAGGGCCCGCGCGCUCUGCGGCCGGCUCGCAGAGCGACUUCCCCGCGAGCUGGGGACUUGGCCGCCCUGCUGCCUCCGCUGGCUCGCUCUUCCCGUCCGGCGACCCGCACUUUGGCGGAGCCCCGCCGGAGCCUGCUGCUGUGUAGCCUGCCUGUGUCCCGGGUUCUCUGCCCGGUGCGUCUAG